AUGGAGAACCUUCUCAAAAAAGCUCUUAUCGAGCGGACAGCAGCCUUAGAGCAGCGGCGGCUACAGCAGUUGUUCACCGGGCAAGAACUUGGUGACCGUAAGCCUUCACAGCUACUGAGUAGAAUGGAGCAACUGCUGGGACAGUCCGCUGAAGAAGCCCCAUCUUUCCUCAAGGAGCUCUUUUUACAAAGGCUGCCCAUUGGAGUCAGAAUGGUGCUAGCUUCAGCCAAGUCUGAUACUCCUUUGUCAGAACUUGCUCUCCUGGCUGACAAAGUAAAGGAAGUAUCUGCACCACCACCUCCUGUCAAUAAUGUCGCAGAGAGUGAUUCACUUUAUACUGAGGUAGCAUUGCAGAGAGAGGAGGUAGCUUGCCUUACACAAUUGGUCAAGAGUGCAAAUAGAGUAGUUUGUGGUGAUGAUUAA